UGGGACGACGUGAUAAGAGACAAGCGCUAUUUUGACUCGACUACGUUUUCGUUGGUCGAGAGAGAAGCCAAGGGAAGCUGUUCUCUCGACACAUACCGCGAAGAUCGUUUCUUUCAGAAAUUCGAGGGAGACGCCACCGAAAAAUUACAUCAAGAUGUCAGUUACAGCCAAACGAGAAGAGUUUCGCCUCUAUCUAGAGAGGUGUGGCGUCAUGGAUGCCCUCACAAAGAUCCUUGUAUCACUCUACGAGGAAACCGAAAAGCCACCUGAUGCUUUGGAUUAUAUACGUAAAAAUCUUGGAGGUAUUGUAGAUAAUACUUCGGAAAUUGACAACUUGAAGAAAGAAUUGGAAGAGUCCAAAGCCAAAAUUGCUGAACUAAAAUCAAAAUUGAUGAAAUACGAACAGACUAAAGACGAAGUAAUGGCAGAGUAACUAAGAUGCAAAAAAUAUAUGUUCAACCAGAGUUUGUGCUAGUCCCCUUUGGACACUGACUUUUCUAAAGUCAGUCUGACUACUAUAUGUGCCUUAUUAUUACUACAAAUAACACAUUUAAGAAAAUUAGAAUAUAAGCUAAAUUACUAAGUUUUGUGUAAACAUUCCAUUAUGCAUAUGUUCAUUUAGUCAUUCUUAUAUAAGAAAAUAGAAACUUAGUUCUUAAUUUUCACACACAUUGUUUCUUCUCUAAAAACAAAUUUAUCGUGUGAACGAUUGUUGAAGUUAUAUGCAUACUUAAUAUGUUGUUUAUACAGAAUAGAUCUCAAAGUACAAAUAAAUAUUUCUUUUAUGUUUAUUAUAGGGGACUUGUAUUUUUAAAUAUAUACAUACUGAUAGUUUUGACAAUUU